UCCCCUCACUCUCUCGGCGUCCCCGGGGGCAGCGGGGCCGUGCUGAGUCAUAGGGUCCGGCGCGGCCAUGGCGGGUUUGCUCGCGGGCGCGGGGGGCCGGAGGCGCCUUUUGUACCACGCGUUGGUGCAAAAGAUCUUAGCUAAUUCCAGAGGUGCUGCUUCUCUGUUGAAGGAUAAUAUCUCACUUACAGGCGUUUCAGCUGCAGGGCUGUUUGAAGGUCAUGAUCUUCUGCGCAGAGGCUUUACAAGUGUGAAAAAUGAAUUGUUGCCCAGCCACCCACUGGAGUUGACAGAAAAGAAUUUCCAGUUAAAUCAAGAUAAAACAAACUUUGCCACACUGAGAAACAUCCAAGGAAUCCAUGCACCUUUAAAGCUGCAGAUGGAAUUCAGAGCAGUGAAACAGGUCCAGCGUCUACCAUUUCUUCACAGCUCAAACAUGGCAAUGGAUAUUUUGAGGGGGAAUGAUGAAUGCAUUGGUUUUGAGGAUAUCCUUAAUGGUAAAUACAUUCUGGCUUUAUUAUGGAAACAUUUAAAGGUAAAAUUUGGGAGCUGUGAAGUUCUUUGCCUCUACUGAACAAGAGAAUUAAACUCCCAAAAUGCAAAAGAUGAUAUUAAUCAUAAAAGCAAAGAAGCACUGGGGAAGGAGAAAUAAAUGUAAUUGAGCUGUAAGUUAUGUGGAAAUUACUCUGAAAUAUUGAGCAAGACAGUAGGCUGUCCUGCUUGUAGGCUGGGUUUCUAGAGGAGUAGAUUAUACAUGCAUGUUGUAUGCCUCUUUCCUCAGAAACUUUUAAAGUACUUGUGCAGAUUUUGUCAAGCAGAGGUUACAAAGUUUUUUACAUUCUGUAAUUAAGAAGAGAAUGUUAGGGAGGAGGUAGAGGAUUAUUGAAACAGGUACUUAGCAGGGGAAAGGCUCCCUCAAAUGAACUCAACAGGCUGCAGUUGCAUGGUAGCCUGCUGACUAUUGGUAUGUGUGGAAUAGAAUAAACUUGGAAAAUGGCUUUUGAACAAAUUACUUCUAGCUUGUAUUUAAGGAGACGAAAGAAGGCAGAAAGUGGGAUAGGAGAAGGGAAAUAGCAGGGGGAUAGAGAGCUGGAAAUAAUGGAGGAACAAAUCUGAAUCUAGAGGCAUGAAAAUAACCCCAAAUCUGGGCUUAUUUUCUGAGAUGGAUAUAGAGGGACCAAGGGAAGGAAUCUUGGGCUAUUGUGGUUCCACAAGCAUAGAGCAAUGUUGAACAUAAUUGGUAGAAUUUUGGCUAUUUACCACUGCUUACAACAAACAGUUAGAUUUUUAUAGAGUGCUGAGGAGUGAGUGGGUUGCAAGUGGUUUUGGUAAGGCUUUAUUUAUCAGAAAGUGGACUAGAUAUUUUUGUUGUCUCUGGAGGAAUCAGAGGCAUUAAUAUGUCUUAUUUAUGGAAGGAAAACAUGAUUAAUACACCCAUAAAGAAAAGUGUAUUUCUUCUAAACAGUCACAACAUGUGUGUUGGCCCUGUAUUUUUUAUUUUUUUGGUUGGUUGGUUUUUAAAAUUUUUUUAGGGCGUUUUUUUUUUUUUUUUUAGUUUUUUGUGUAGAAAAGGAGUUCAUACUGUCAGUAUUGGUCUCUUGUGUCCUCUGCACAUUCCUUGGUAGCCUUUGAGGACAGUGGCUAAUGUCUUUACAGAAUGGAGGAAAUCUCAGAGAUACUUACAGGUGUAGAACUUCUGUGAAAGUAGGCAGCUGGGCAGAGAAGAGAAACCAGGAAUGUGUCCCUGCUAACAGAAGGGAGAACUCCCUUCUGCUGUUAGAGAAGUUGUGUUGGAAAGAGAUGUAGGGCAACUAUGGAGAAAAUCCUCAGUCAGACUUGAGUUUUCUCAAACACUAAACUUGUGGUGUAAUCCCUUUGAGGCUCAGGCAGUUGGAGUCUGUGCUUAUCCAGAACUGGUUGGUUUUACUUGAAAUGUGUGUGUGUCCUUAUAACAAGCUGUUCCACAAUAUAUGUGUUCUGUCAGUGCUUUGGAUAGAGGCUUCUGAGUUACAGAUCUGCACUCUGCAACACUGUAAAAAAUCAGUCAAGUAACUGUUGCACUAAGCAUUAUUAUGAAAAGAGAUGUUCACCUUCAUAAGUUGUUGUUAGUCUUUGUAACUUGGUAAAGGCUUCUUACUGUCCUUUUCUUUUUUCAGAUCCUUCCCAGAGUGAGGUUAUGGGAGAACCACACAUGAUGAUGGAGCACAAGCUUGGUUUAUUGUAACAAAAUAUACUUCACAAAAAUG